AUGUCGGUCAUAGGCACCGACACUCUCGACGAUGAGGAUCGCACGGCCCAGGUCACGCACAGCCGCUUAACCGGACAUCAGGCAUCUGAGAGCAACUACAACUCCGAAGUCAGCGGAGGCCACGAAACUUCCAUAACCGAGGUAGGUGGAGAUGGAGGGACCGACUCAGGCGAUGAUGUCGAGGAAAUAGGGCGAAGGCACAGUCUGGUCCAAGAUCUUGCUCGCACUUUCACGUCAGAGUCACAGAAAAACCAAAUUGGGAGUGUCUUCCUAGCGCAGACAGAGUCAAACUCCUGCUUGGAUCCCAAUAGCUCGAGCUUUAAUGCCCGCGCCUGGGCCAGGGCACAGGUCGAAAAGGUCGCGUCGAGUGGUGGCUCGUUCCGGACCAGCGGUGUCUGCUUCCAAAAUAUGACGGUUUCUGGCUACAGCGCUGGCAGCCGCCACCAGAAGAACGUCGGGAAUGUGUGGCUGGAGGCCGUUGGGCUUGCCCGCCAAACCUUGGGCCAUGCUAAGAGCCGCGCUACAAUCUUGCACAAAUUCGAUGGCGUUGUGCAUAGGGGAGAGAUGCUUGUGGUCCUAGGGCCGCCAGGAUCCGGAUGCAGUACCUUCCUCAAAACCAUUGCCGGGGAGACGAACGGCCUCUUUGUCGAUGACCAGGCGUACUUCAACUAUCAGGGAGUUACUGCGGAGGAAAUGCACACCCAACAUCGGGGUGACGCGAUUUAUACCGCUGAAGUCGACGUUCACUUUCCUAUGCUCUCGGUUGGCGAAACUCUGACCUUCGCUUCACGUGCCCGCACUCCACGUCAUUUACCUUCUGGAGUGACUCCCUCCAUGUUCUCUGAUCAUCUCAGGGACGUCGUGAUGGCGAUGUUUGGCAUCAGUCACACCAAGAACACGAGGGUUGGCAACGAGUACGUUCGGGGUAUUUCCGGCGGGGAGAGGAAGCGAGUUACGAUCUCCGAGGCAGCUCUCUCAGGAGCACCGUUUCAAUGCUGGGAUAAUUCGACGCGAGGAUUAGACAGCGCGAACGCGAUUGAAUUUUGCAAGACGCUGAGACUUCAGACCGAAAUCUUCCAGACGACUUGCGCCGUGUCCAUUUAUCAAGCGCCGCAGAGCGCAUACGAUCUCUUCGACAAAGCCUUGGUCCUGUACGAAGGCCGGCAGAUUUUCUUUGGUCGAGCUGAUGAGGCUCGCCAGUACUUUAUCAAUCUCGGCUUUGAGUGCCCUGAACGUCAGACGACCCCCGACUUUUUAACCUCCAUGACUAGUCCCCGGGAGCGUCUGGUCCGUGCCGGAUAUGAAAACAUGGCCCCCAGGACGCCGGAUGAAUUCGCUGCCGCCUGGCACAACAGUGAGGCUUACCAGCGGUUGCGGGCGGAGAUUGACGCCUACAAGAUCGAACACCCCAUUGACGGACCCGAUGCGCAGACCUUCCGCGCCCUGAAAAGAGAGCAGCAAGCUAAGGGCCAGCGGGCGAAGUCCCCCUAUACUCUGUCGUAUAAGCAGCAGAUUGGCCUGUGCUUGUGGCGUGCCUAUCGACGCUUCCUUGGCGAUCCAUCGAUUACUGUUGGCCAGCUGAUUGCGAAUAUUGCUAUGGGGUUAAUUGUCUCCUCCAUAUAUUACAACCUGAACAUGACCACGGGAAGCUUCUUUCAACGUUCUGCUCUUUUAUUUUUUGCCGUCCUAAUGAACGCCUUCAGUUCUGCUUUGGAAAUUCUCACUCUGUAUGCCCAACGUGGAAUUGUCGAGAAACAUGAUCGAUAUGCCUUUUAUCAUCCUUCCGCGGAAGCAGUUGCCUCAGCUUUGAUGGAUAUGCCGUACAAGGUUUUGAACACCCUCGUCUUCAAUCUGAUUAUUUACUUUAUGAGCAAUCUUCGUCGUGAACCCGGGGCUUUCUUUUUCUACUUAUUCACGUCUUUCCUUGCUGUGUUAGCAAUGUCUGGCAUCUUUCGUACCAUUGCGUCUGCUUCCCGCACCCUGUCACAAGCCAUGGUACCAGCCGCCGGUCUUAUUUUGGCUCUCGUUAUGUUCACUGGAUUCGUCAUUCCUAUCGACUAUAUGCUGGGUUGGUCGCGGUGGAUCAAUUACAUUGAUCCCAUGGCAUACAUUUUCGAAUCACUUAUGAUCAACGAGUUUGCUGGUCGCCAUUAUCUUUGCACAUCGUUCAUCCCAAGCAACACAGUUUCUGGGUACGAAAAUAUCAGCAGCGAAAAUCGCAUAUGCUCGGCGGUUGGCUCUGUUUCUGGGAGUCAGUAUGUGCAAGGAACAGACUACAUUAAAGCUUCUUUCCGAUACGACCCUAGCCAUAAAUGGCGAAACAUUGGGAUCGUCAUAGGGUUUAUUAUCUUCUUUCAUGCUCUGUAUAUGAUGCUCACUGAGCUUGUCACUGCGAAAAAGUCUGAAGGUGAAGUACUCGUCUUCCGUCGAGGACACAGACCACCGCAGUUUAAGGAGAGUAAAAGCGACGCUGAGAUCGGCAUUCCACCUACUUCGGGACAUAUCGCCGUAGCAGAAAAGGCAGCCGAAAGUAUGUCUGAUGCAGAGUCCGGUGCUAUCCGAGAGACAACCAGCGUAUUCCACUGGAACAAUGUCUGUUAUGACGUCAAUAUCAAAGGUAAACCUCGCCGGAUCUUGGAUAAUGUGGACGGCUGGGUAAAGCCAGGAACUCUAACGGCACUCAUGGGCGUGUCCGGCGCUGGCAAGACAACCCUUCUUGACUGCUUGGCCGAUCGAGUAUCAAUGGGAGUGAUCACUGGCCAGAUGCUUGUGGAUGGGAAUCCCCGUAAUGCAUCAUUCCAGCGGAAAACAGGAUAUGUCCAGCAGCAAGACCUCCACCUAGAGACUACAACUGUUCGAGAAGCCCUCAACUUCAGUGCCCUCCUCCGUCAGCCAGGCCAUGUUUCCCGGCAAGAAAAGCUUGCCUAUGUGGAUGAAGUGAUCAAGCUUCUGGAUAUGGAAGAGUAUGCUGAUGCCGUUGUUGGGGUUCCUGGUGAAGGUCUCAAUGUCGAACAGCGCAAGAGAUUAACCAUUGGUGUUGAACUUGCAGCUAAGCCACCACUCCUGGUUUUUGUUGACGAACCGACCUCUGGUCUGGACAGCCAGACCUCUUGGGCUAUUCUUGAUCUCCUCCAAAAGCUCACCAAGAGUGGGCAGGCCAUCCUGUGUACCAUACACCAGCCGUCAUCCAUGCUCUUCCAACGCUUCGAUCGGCUACUUCUGCUGGCAAGUGGAGGAAAAACCGUUUACUUCGGCGCCAACCCCGCAGAAUGGAUGCUCGAAGCCAUUGGCGCUGCUCCAGGCUCAACUAGUAAGGUUGAUUGGCACGCGACCUGGCGGCAAAGUCCAGAAUUCCAAGCCGUCCAGACUGAACUCCAGCGGUUGCGAACUGACCGUAGAGAUGUUACUGGAACUCAAGGCAAGGUCCAGACAGGUUUACAAGAAUUCGCUGCUCCGUUUGGCUUGCAGCUUUGGGAGGUUACCCACCGGGUUGUCCAGCAGUACUGGCGUACCCCAUCUUACAUAUACUCCAAGGCCUCUCUCGUCACUUUGGUCUCUGCCUUUAUUGGGUUCUCAUUCUUCAAGGCCCCUAAUACCGUCCAAGGGCUCCAGAAUCAGAUGUUUGCUAUUUUCAAUCUCUUGACUGUCUUCGGCCAAUUAGUGCAACAGACGAUGCCGUAUUUCGUCAUCCAAAGAUCGCUCUAUGAGGUCCGUGAACGCCCUUCGAAAGUUUACUCUUGGAAGGUCUUCAUGCUUUCUCAAAUCCUCGUGGAAAUCCCCUGGAAUACGUUGAUGGCAGUAGUCAUGUUCCUUUGCUUUUACUACCCAAUCGGGCUCUACCAAAAUGCCGAACCUGCACACCAAGUCACCGAGCGAGGUGCACUGUUUUUCCUCUUCCUGUGGGCAUUCAUGAUGUUCACAUGUACCUUCACCGACUUCAUCAUCGCCGGCGUGGAGACAGCAGAGGCCGGUGGCAAUCUCGCCAACUUGCUCUUCAUGUUGUGUCUGAUCUUCUGUGGUGUCCUAGCCAGCCCCAAAGACUUUCCGCAUUUCUGGAUCUUCAUGUACCGAGUGUCGCCGUUCACUUACAUGGUCCAGGGUAUGAUGACUACCGCCGUCGCAAAUACAGAUGUAGUUUGCGCUGCAAAUGAACUGCUACAUUUCGCCCCACCCGCAGGGCAGAACUGCGGCCAGUAUUUGCAAGACUAUAUCAAUGCUGCUGGUGGAUAUUUGCAAGACCCAGAUGCGACUGAUUUAUGCACAUAUUGCACCAUCAAACAGACCAAUAUCUACUUGGCAGGUGUGAAUGCUUUCUAUAGCCAGCGAUGGAGGAACUUUGGCAUCUUCAUCGUCUUCAUCGUCGUCAAUAUUUUUGGGGCACUGUUUAUGUAUUGGUUGGCUCGAGUGCCGAAGAAAUCACUUUUUGGGAAAAAGUCGAAAUAA